AUGGAUCCCAUUUACGAUACAGAGGUUGUUUUCACCGAAAGUUUUGCGCCAAAACCAGUGCGGACAUUCGUAGUGAAUACUAAUGCCGCUUUGCAUUCCAUCAAUGCAAAUGUUGAGCCAUCUUCAGGCGUUUGCACGUUUCCCGCGAACAGUCAGUUCCCUGAUUGUUUUAUUCUUUGUCUAUCAUUUAGAUCGCCUAUUGCAUGGCUGAAGGACAACUGGUUGUUGUCACCUUACAUGCCAAUAAAUACGACAAAGCAGAAGAAGUUGUGUUCCGUGAGGCACCAACCACCUGAAGGCAUGGAUAAAAUGGUUUCUAUCGCAUUGGAGAGAGCUGCGGCUAAGGAGGAAGACGAGCUUGGGCUAGCUGAGUAUGUGAUGUCGGACGGACCCGCCCAUGAUUCUACUUUCAUGCGAUCACAGAUUGUGAGAUUUGACAUGCGUUUAUCGGAUAUUAGUGAUUACGGAUUUCUAAACUUAGUAGAGCCGACUCCCGAUGACACUUUAUUUGGUGGAUCCUUUACUUGCGGACUCAUAGCAGCACGACUACGGCACGUGGUGAAACAGCGUCUUGAUAUUGCGCGGAGCUUGCUAGCAUUAAUUCAGCUCUACUCUGAAGACAGUGGGCGUUACGACUAUCCGAUGUUUGAGUUUUCUGAUCUCGAAAGGAAACUCAGCAAUAUCAUCAAUAAUUAUAGAUUGUUUGACGAUCAGCUGUCUCUGAAAUUGGCAAAGGAUAAUGUGCAGGUGUCUCUAUGUAGUUGGUUCUUCAAAGGAGAGGGCGUGGAUUGGCUGAGUAAGGUAGCGCACAUAGGACGCUUUGAAGAAGCUGACCCAUCCCCGGAAUUCAACGUUUUUCUGGACAAAAUACUCGAGGCUGGAUUACUAUUUCUAUCACCAUAUUCCGCGCAGGUUUUCUUGGCCAGAUCUUUAGCAUUGCAUGAGCAGUAUGCAGUUUUGAUGAACCUUUGCACUUUAUCUGCAAGCAGUAUCCCUGAUGAACUUCGCCCUGUCAUGACAUUUUACAGUGCCAUUGCAUACUCUGGAAUAGGAAAACCCUUGAAAGCUAUGACCAAUUUUAAUCUCGCCGCUAAAGGAGUAACCGAUCAGAACAAGGCGCUUCUGACUGCUUUGUCACCUGUUGGCAAAACCCAAGAGAUCAACCUCGGAGAUUACUACGUAAUGGCUUUUAAGAGUCGCCGAUGAUAUGGGCCAACUGCGACUGCAAUUUAACUGUUCCACAAACCGUUGUUUGGUUGGAAAGGUUCAUUCUUCGUUACACCAGUGGGUGUGAAAUGAUUAACGAUAUA